AAUGGUUCAAUUUCACGAGCACAUAAUCACAGAGCUUCUAGAAGACUCCAAUGGUGGCCUCGUCAUCCUUUCUUCAGGGCUCUCUCUCUCGAAGCUUGUCUCUUCUAUGCUCCUUCUGCACUCCUCUUCUCAGGGCACGCUCCUCAUCCUCUCUCCAUCUUCCGCGUGUCUCAAAUCAAGAAUCACCUUCAACCUCAAAACCCUAAACCCCAAAUUCAAUCAAAUUCCCGCCGAAAUCACUGCCGAGCUUCCCGCUCACCACCGCCACGCCCUUUACUCCUCCGGCAACAUAUUCUUCAUCACGCCGAGAAUCCUAAUCGUGGACCUCUUAACGAACAAACUACCAACCUCCAAAAUCUCUGGAAUCAUCAUCCUCAACGCGCAUUCGCUGUCAGAGACAUCCACCGAAGCCUUCAUAGUUAGGAUUUUCAGGUCUCUCAACCGCGAUGCGUACGUGCGGGCUUUUUCCGACAAGCCACACGCGAUGGUGUCGGGGUUCGCGAAGGCGGAGCGAACCAUGAAGUGCUUGCAGGUACGGAGGUUGCACUUGUGGCCGAGGUUUCAGGUGUACGUUUCGCAGGAACUGGAGAAGGAUCCACCGAAUGUGGUGGAUAUAAGGGUGCCGAUGACGAAGUACAUGGUGGGGAUUCAGAAAGCCAUCAUCGAGGUUAUGGAUGCGUGCUUGAAGGAGGUGAGGAAGACGAAUAAGGUUGACGUGGAGGAUUUGACGGUGGAGAAUGGGUUGUUCAAGUCGUUUGAUGAGAUUGUGAGGAGGCAGUUGGAUCCAAUUUGGCAUACUUUGGGGAAAAAGACUAAGCAGCUGGUCUCAGACCUUAAGACCUUGAGGAAAUUGUUGGAUUAUCUAGUCAGGUAUGAUGCAGUGACGUACUUGAAAUAUUUGGAUACUCUGAGAGUGUCAGAGAGUUUUCGAUCUGUUUGGAUAUUUGCAGAGGCGAGCUAUAAGAUAUUUGACUAUGCAAAGAAACGUGUUUUUCAUCUUGUGAGGUCAGAUGGUGUGAAAUUAAAUGGGAUGAUUAAGGGUGUCAAAAACAAAAAGAGAAAAGUUAAGGGAGAUAAGAACAACAUUGAAGAAGUUGAUGGUACUUCAUCAACAAGUUCAAAUGCUGGCUUAGUUUUGGAGGAAGUCUUGGAAGAAGCACCGAAGUGGAAGGUCUUACGUGAGGUUCUUGAGGAGGUAGAGGAGGAAAGACAAAAGCAAGGUGUGUUAAGGGAAGAAGUAUUGACUGAAGGUGAAGACACCGACAAUGGCAGUGUAUUAGUGGCAUGUAAAGAUGAACGGUCAUGCUUGCAGCUUGAAGAAUGCAUCACUAAUAGUUCGAAAAAGGUCAUGCGUGAAGAAUGGAAGAAGUACUUACUAAACAAAGUACAGCUGCGUGACAUUGUGCAUAAAAAGAAGAAGCCAAAGGAUCCAAAAGGUUUUGGGAUUCUUGAUGGAGUUACUCCCAUAGCACCUGUUCAGAAUGCGCAAACCAGCGGCAUUAGUAAGCAGGAACAUGAUGCACUUCUGGCAGCAGCUUCAGAUGUAAGAAAUCUUGCUGAAAAUGAUCUUGUUGUUGAAGAUGCUCCUCAGCCUGAUUUUGGUGGACGGGGUCGUGCAAAAGGAAAGAGAAAAGUGGGGAAUAGAAAUAGCCCAAUCAUUGGCUCUGGAGUUCAGAACAAUAAUAAAGAGGAAUUGACCAGUGAUGAAAUUGGGAUGUUUAAUUCAAAAAAUAAAGUCCAUGUAGAUGAAACUAAUCCUGUCAGUGGUGGUAGAUUUUGUGAAACCAUGCACGGUGGGACAUCUGUAGAUAACGUAGUUCUUCGAAGGCAUACUAAUCCUGAUGCUGUAGCAAGAAAUGGGAAGCCAUUGCCACCGGUACAUUUUUAUGCCCUAGAAAGUGAUCAGCCUAUACUCGACAUAUUAAAGCCCUCUAUAAUCAUUGUUUACCAUCCAGACAUGGCCUUUGUUAGGGAAAUUGAAGUCUACAAAGCUGAGAAUCCCUCAAAAAGGUUGAAAGUAUAUUUUAUUUUCUAUGAAGAUUCAACUGAGGUUCAGAAAUUUGAGGCAAGUAUACGUAGAGAGAAUGGAGCAUUUGAAUCUUUGAUCAGGCAAAAAUCUAUGAUGAUGAUUCCAGUUGAUCAGAGUGGGCAUAGUUUAGGAUUGAAUUCUACAUUAGAGUCAGAUUUAAAUACUCCUCAAAACUCAAUGACCAGAAAAGCAGGUGGGAGAAAGGAGGUUGAUAAAGAAAUGCAGGUCAUUGUGGACAUGCGGGAGUUCAUGAGCAGCCUUCCAAAUGUUCUUCAUCAAAAGGGAAUGCGCAUUAUUCCAGUGACCCUAGAAGUUGGUGACUAUAUCCUAUCACCAUUAAUUUGUGUGGAAAGAAAAAGUAUUCAAGAUCUCUUUAUGAGCUUCACGUCAGGUCGUCUAUACCACCAGGUGGAGACAAUGGUGCGAUAUUAUAGGAUACCUGUACUCUUGAUUGAGUUUUCACAGGAUAAGAGCUUUUCAUUCCAGUCUGCUAGUGAUAUUGGUGAUGAUGUCACACCCAAUAGCAUUAUAUCAAAGUUGUCAUUGCUUGCUCUACACUUUCCCCGGCUGCGAAUAAUAUGGUCUCGAAGUUUGCGUGCUACUUCAGAAAUAUUUGCUUCCCUGAAGGCAAAUCAAGAUGAACCAGAUGAAACAAAAGCAAUCAGAGUAGGUGUCCCCUCGGAAGAAGGAAUUGUGGAAAAUGAUGUGCGGGCUGAAAAUUACAAUACAUCGGCUGUGGAGUUUCUAAGACGACUGCCAGGUGUUACUGAUUCGAACUACAGGACCAUAAUGGAUGGGUGUAAGAGCUUGGCAGAACUUGCACUUCUUCCUGUAGAGAAGCUGGCGGAAUUAAUGGGUGGUCAUAAAGCUGCUCGGACUCUUAGAGAAUUUCUAGAUGCUAAAUAUCCAACUUUAUUGUGAGGCUAAUUAGGACAAUUCAUUUGUACAAAAGGUACUAACAAUUUAUUUUAGUCGUCUAUUAUUUCGAUUCUGCAUAACGGAGUUAUAAGGGCUUUCCCGUUCGUGGAAAACUGGUUAUUGAGUUAUUAACAUUUCUCUAUCUCACUCA